AUUUAUUUAAUCAUGAUGUUCCUUCAUCUGAUGAUGGUAUCAGUCCUCUCUGGUGGUUCAGCUGAAGUUGUGCGUGAUUUUCGAGAGAAAUGUGCUGAUAUUUUUGCAAAUGGAGCUUCACCAACAAUACUUCACGGACAUCAGUACAAACAAAUUUGCCAAACUUUAAAAAAAAAAGUGUAUUAUGCCACACUUUAUGAUACUUACAACAAUAUUCCGGUCUACUCUGCCUACAAGUUUAACAAAGGCAUCCGUUGCGAAAGAAAACACGUAUGGAGCAUUGACCCUCAACUUGAUUAUCCAGGAGAAGGACCAAAUAUGGUACCUGACCGUUCCAGACAAUCAUCGAAUCAAGCUGUGAGUGAUGAUUAUAAGCACUCUGUCUAUGACAGAGGUCAUCUGAUGCCAGUCUCCCUGACAAGCUCACGGGAUUGUGCUGAUGCCUCAUUCACUCUCACCAAUGUUGCUCCACAAAACCUCUAUUUUAACAGAGGUCAAUGGAGGAUACUAGAAGAAAAAAUUGCUAAAGAACUGACCAGGCGAUGUCUGACAAAAGAGAACACUGCUUACCUUGUAACAGGGGUGGUACCAGGUAAACGUAAAUUAAAAGGAAAGGUGAAUGUGCCUAGUCAUUUCUGGACUGCAUACUGCUGUUUAGACCAUAAUAAGGAGUGUCAAAUCUCAAGAGGAUUUAUUGGGGAGAACAAGAACACUGCUCCUUACAACAUAACAGUGAAUAAGUUACAGGGACUUCUGGAAAACCUGUAUAAAGUCAGAUAUUUUCAGUUGUUUAGUACAAAAGCCAACUAAAAGA